GCGACAGUUGAAUGGGCGAUGUUUGCUUGUGUUAGAGAUUUUGUGGCGCCAAUUACGCUACUUUCUGAUUUCACGUAAUUUAUUUGAUUAUUUACAAAAAUGCCGGCAUUUCUGAAGCAUAUCGAAGUUGAGAACUUUAAGUCUUACAAAGGGAAACUUAUUAUUGGCCCGCUGAAAAGUUUUACGGCAGUGGUCGGCCCCAAUGGAUCUGGAAAGUCAAAUUUUAUGGAUGCUAUCAGUUUUGUCAUGGGCGAGAAGACUAGUAGCUUGCGAGUAAAAAGGUUCAGCGAACUCAUUCAUGGUGCGUCCAUUGGGAUGCCAGUGGCACGAAGUGCCUCGGUAACAGCGGUAUUUGAGUUAGAAGAUGGAACUGAGAAAAGUUUUAUGCGUUCUGUACAAGGUUCUUCUUCGGAACACAGGAUAAAUAAUACUGUUGUCACCAGUCAAGUAUAUCUUAACGAGUUGGAGCAUCUUGGCAUCAACGUUAAAGCAAAGAACUUUUUAGUAUUUCAAGGUGCGGUGGAGUCUAUAGCUAUGAAGAAUCCUAAAGAACGCACUGCUCUUUUUGAGGAAAUCAGUAAUUCUGGUGCAUUAAAGGCGGAAUAUGAAAGAUUGAGAACAGAAAUGUUGAAAGCUGAAGAAGAAACCCAAUUUUCAUAUCAAAAGAAGAAAGGCAUUGCUGCCGAGAGAAAAGAAGCAAAAUUAGAAAAAGAAGAGGCUGAGAAGUAUCAACGUCUCAAGGAAGAAUAUGUGGAGAAGCAGGUAGAACUACAACUCUUUCGGCUCUUCCACAAUGAGAAGAGUAUCGAAAAUUACGAGGCCUCUCAGAAGAAGAAGCAACACGAAAUUGAGAAAAUCGAGAAGAAGAAGGAGAAAGCUGAAGAGCUGUUGAAAGAGAAGAAGAAGGAUGCCGGUAAACUGAGCAGGGAUCUUGCCAAGAUAGAACAAGACAUCAGGGAAGUGGAAGUGGAAAUAACGAAGAAGAGACCGACGUUCAUCAAGGCUAAGGAACGAGUAGCGCACAUGCAGAAGAAGGUGGAAUCGGCGCGCAAGGCCUUGAGUCAGGCGCGUGUCGCGGACGAGGCUCACAAGAAAGACAUACACGAGCUGCAGGAGGAACUACGGCAGGUGGAGGAGGCUAAAGCAGCUUACGAAGCGAGUAUAGCGGGACAGUCGCAAUUGCAAGGAAGAGAUGUGCAGUUGGAGGACGAGCAGGUGCGGGAGUAUAAUCGUUUGAAGGAGGAAGCCGGCAAGCAAUCCGCCAGGUACCUUCAGAUGCUCGACUCGAUCAAUCGCGAGCAGAAGUCGGACCAGGAUCGACUCGACAACGAGGGCAGAAAGAAGACCGAGAUAGAGAACAAGCACAAGCAGAAGGGACACAUGCGGGACGAGGCGCUCAAACGAGUGGAGAAGUUGGAGGAGCACAUAAAAACGUCCGAAACGGCGCUGGAGGACCAGAAGAAGCUCAGAGCCGACUUACAGUCCGACGUGGGCACGUCGAAGGACAAGGUUCAGAAUUUGCAGCGGGAACUGGAGAACAUCUCGGAGCAACUGGGCGACGCCAAGGUCGACAAGCACGAAGUAUCCAGAACGAAGAAGAAGACCGAGAUCGUGGAGAAUUUUAAACGCUUGUUCCCCGGUGUGUACGAUCGCAUGUACAACAUGUGCGAGCCGAUACACAAGAGAUAUAACGUUGCGAUCACGAAAGUACUCGGCAAAUACAUGGAGGCAAUCGUGGUGGAUACCGAGAAGACAGCCAGGCAAUGCAUCCAGUACCUGAAGGAGCAAUAUCUGGAGCCGGAGACGUUCCUACCGCUCGAUUACAUACAAGCUAAGCCAUUAAAAGAACGUCUUCGCAAUAUACAGGAACCCAAGAAUGUGAAAUUGUUGUACGAUGUACUGCAUUUCUCCCCGAAGGACAUCGACAGAGCGGUAUUAUUCGCCACUAACAAUGCUCUUGUGUGCGAGACGCCGGAAGAUGCGAAUAAAGUGGCGUACGAGAUGGACAAAAAAGCUAGAUACGAUUGCGUCGCGUUGGACGGGACGUUCUACCAAAAAGCCGGCAUAAUAUCUGGCGGUAGUUUAGACCUUGCAAAGAAGGCGAAGAGAUGGGACGAGAAGCAAAUGUCGCAAUUAAAGGCGCAAAAGGAAAAACUAACGGAAGAACUGAGAGAAUCUUUGAAAAAAUCGCGUAAGGAAUCCGAAUUGAACACGGUCGAGUCUCAAAUACGUGGUCUGGAGACUCGUUUGAAGUACAACAAAAGCGAUUUGUCUGCGACACAAAAGCAAAUUGCGGAUCUUGAAGUGGAGUUAAACGGUCUGCAAAACGAGCUAAACAUGUUUGGUCCUGCGAUAGCUGCCAUCGAGAAGACUAUGGCUGAAAGGGAUCAAGAGAUUCAGAACAUUAAGGAGAAGAUGAACAACGUUGAGGACGACGUGUUUGCUAGUUUUUGUGAGCAGAUAGGCGUUUCUAAUAUUCGUCAGUACGAAGAAAGGGAGUUAAGAUCACAGCAAGAAAGAGCGAAGAAGAGGAUGGAGUUUGACAAUCAGUGCAACCGCAUCUACAAUCAGUUAGAUUUCGAGAAGCAACGCGACACGGAAAGUAACGUUUUGCGAUGGGAGCGAGCAGUCCAAGAUGCGGAGGAUAAGCUUGAGUCCGCGAGGCAAACCGAGUCUAAUCAAAAAGCGGAGAUCGACCACGACGAGACGCAGAUGGAGCAGCUGAAGUCGUCACGCAACGCCAAGAAAAUGGAGGUCGAUCAGAAGGAAGACGAGAUCGGUAAAGCCAGACGUGAGGUGGGCGCUAUCGCGAAGGACAUUCAGGCAGCUCAGAAGCAACUCAAUUCGAUUGAAACGAAGAUCGAGCAGAAGAAGGCUGAGCGGCACGCAAUUUUGAUGCAGUGCAAGAUGGAAGACAUCGCGAUUCCUAUGCUUUACGGGAAUAUGGAAGAUAUAGCGGGCGAGACGAGCACAACGAAUGUCAUUGACACGAAUGACACGUCGUCAGUGAGCACACAGCAACAGUACGAACGCGAGAGAAGGAUUACCAUAGACUACGCGUUUCUGCCCGAAAAUCUGAAGGAUGUGGAAGAGGAGGAUAUCAAAAAAACAACCGACAAGCUAACGAAAAUAAUCAACGAUCUGCAAAGUACGAUACAGCGUAUUCAAGCACCGAACAUGAAGGCGAUUCAAAAAUUAUAUCUGGCGAAGGAAAAGUUACAAGAAACCAACGAAGAGUUCGAGCAGUCUCGCAAGAAGGCGAAGAAAGCGAAGACGCAAUUCGAGAAAGUGAAAAAAGAACGGCACGACAGAUUCAUGGCGUGUUUCGAGCACGUGGCGAACGAGAUCGAUCCUAUUUAUAAGAGCUUGGCGAAAAAUCAAUCCGCCCAGGCGUUCCUUGGACCAGAAAAUCCGGAAGAACCGUACUUGGACGGCAUUAAUUACAACUGCGUGGCUCCGGGCAAACGGUUUCAACCCAUGUCGAAUUUGUCGGGUGGGGAAAAGACUGUCGCCGCGUUAGCUUUGUUAUUCGCGAUUCACAGCUUUCAGCCCGCACCGUUCUUCGUUCUGGACGAAAUUGAUGCGGCUCUCGACAAUACGAACAUAGGAAAAGUCGCGAGCUACAUCCGUGACAAAACUAGCUCGCUGCAAACUAUCGUGAUAUCGUUGAAGGAGGAGUUUUACUCGCAUGCCGACGCGCUUAUAGGAAUCUGCCCGGACGUAGGCGAAUGUUUGGAAAGCAAAGUGUUAACGCUCGACUUAACUACACAUCCUACGCACAUUAACUAGUAGAAGUUUAUCAUUUACAAUGGAUUAUGAUUUAUUUUUUUAAUAUUGUCUCAGAGAGAACAAUUUUUAAUUAUUUCCUGAAGGAAAUAUAAAAGAGAAU